AUGGCGAGCUUAGCCCAUCAGUAUGUAGAUGCAAUUGGGGCUAAGCUGGCGUUGCUCCUUGCCGGUGAAGUAACAUGGGUAAAACUCAUAGCAACACUAUUCAUUAUCGUCCUUCUCUACGCCUCUUAUAACACUUUCCUCCAUCCCCUCCGUCGCUACCCUGGACCAUUGCUCUGGAGAUCUUUCCGCCUAUCCUACGUAAUCUCAACUCAUCGAGGUCGACUACAUCAAGACCUCAAAGACUUCCACACCAAAUACGGACCCAUCGUGCGCAUAGCCCCUAACGAGCUCUCCUACGCCAACAGUACAGCAUGGAACGAUAUCUACGCGAGUCGACCUGGCCACCAGCCUUUCCAACGAAAUCGCACCUGGUUCAAAAAAGCAUCGCCUGACGAGCCACACUCCAUUAUGGGUUACGAUGAAGACGCCCAUGCCCGCUUCCGUCGCGCAUUUGCCAACUCGUUUUCUGACAAGAGCUUGCGGGACCAGGCACCCGUGAUCGAGAGCUAUGUAGACGCCUUUAUGACGCAGCUCAGGGCCCGUUCAUCGGGUCAACGAGGCAAAGAAACAGCCCUGGACCUGGAAAAGUGGUUCCACUAUCUCACCUUCGACGUUUCUGGCGACCUCUCCUUCGGCGAGUCUUUUGGCUGUUUGAAGAACGGCAAGGCUCAUCCCUGGGUCGCCAUAGCGCAGGAUUUCGGAAAAGGCCUCGCACUCAUUGCUUCCAUCAACGCGUAUCCUCCUUUUGACAAGCUACUUCGCUACAUCAUUCCGAAACGAGUAAUUCAACGCAUGAAAGAUCAUCGUGAUAUAAGCGCAGCGAAAGCCCAGAAAAGACUCGCGCUUGAUACACAGAGACCAGACUUUGUGACACCGACGAAGAACCACAGUGAGAGCAAGGCUGCAAUUUCAGAUGCAGAAUGGGAGAUCAAUAUGGCAAUCUUAGUUUUCGCGGCGAGUGAGACGACGUCAAGCGCGUUGACGGCUGUCGUCAGAGAGCUGGUGCAGAGUGGGGGCGUUUUGCAUCGCCUGACACAGGAGAUCCGGAGCACAUUCAGCGCAGAAAAAGACAUCGUGAUUGCUAGUACAGGGGGGUUGCCGUAUCUGAAUGCAGUCAUCAACGAAGCACUGCGCCUCAGUCCACCAGUCAGUAUAAGCGUGCCCAGAACCGUGCCUCAGGGCGGCGACACAAUUUGCGGGCAAUGGGUGCCGGGUGGUACGUAUGUGGCUGUAAACCAGUUCCCUGCGAAUCGCCAAGCGUACAAUUUUCGACACCCCAACUCUUUCAUCCCGGAGCGCUUCCUCAAUCCCGAUCCGAAGACUGACAACAUGUCUGCAUUUCGCCCUUUCCUCGUGGGAAGGCAUAGCUGCAUCGGGAUGAAACUCGCGUAUGCAGAGAUGCGAGUCAUUCUCGCGAGGCUGCUGUGGGCUUUUGACAUAGCGCUAGAGGACGACGAGGAUCGCUGGGACUGGGGUACGCAGAAGAUUUUCGUGUUUUGGGAAAAGAAGCCUCUAAGGGUGGUCCUCCGCCGAGCCACCUGA